ACUCGGAGUACUGUGUCCUAGUCACAAAGAGAGGCAGAGACGCAGAGGGGACUGUCGGCUGGUGCAGGCAGAACCAAAAGAUAUUUAAUCAGCAAUUAGAAACACCUGAGGGCAAGGGAAAUUCUGCUCCAGCCCUGAGCUUCAUCUCUCAACCUGCAGCAUGCUGCUUGGCAGAAUGUCCACAGAGGAGCGGCAUCUCACCUCUAGCUGCGGAUCCUUCAUUAAGACUGAGCCGUCCAGCCCAUCUUCUGGCAUUGAUGCCAUCAGCCAUCAUAGUCCCAGCGGCUCCUCUGACGCUAGUGGUGGCUACGGCAUUGCCAUGGGUGGCCACCCGAACGGCCUGGACUCGCCACCCAUGUUCAACGGUGCAGGGAUUGGUGGCGGAUCCUGCCGUAAGCGCUACGACGACUGUGCCAGCGCUAUCAUGGAGGACUCGCCCACCAAGUGCGAGUACAUGCUCAAUGCCAUCCCCAAGAGGCUGUGCCUGGUGUGCGGGGACAUUGCGUCUGGCUACCACUAUGGCGUGGCCUCCUGCGAGGCAUGCAAAGCCUUCUUCAAAAGAACAAUUCAAGGGAACAUUGAAUACAGCUGCCCAGCCACCAAUGAGUGUGAGAUCACGAAACGGAGGCGCAAGUCCUGUCAGGCCUGUCGCUUCAUGAAAUGCCUCAAAGUGGGGAUGCUGAAAGAAGGGGUUCGUCUUGAUCGAGUCCGCGGAGGACGCCAGAAGUACAAGAGAAGACUGGACUCUGAGAGCAGUACUUAUCUGAGCUUACAGAUCCCUCCUCCAGCCAAAAAGCCAUUGACUAAGAUCGUCUCCCACUUGCUGGUGGCAGAGCCAGAGAAGAUUUAUGCCAUGCCUGACCCCACCAUGCCGGAGAGUGACAUCAAAGCACUGACAACCCUCUGUGACUUAGCAGACAGGGAACUGGUGGUGAUCAUUGGAUGGGCAAAGCACAUCCCAGGUUUCUCUAAUCUCUCCCUGGGGGACCAGAUGAGCCUCCUGCAGAGCGCCUGGAUGGAGAUCCUCAUCCUGGGCAUUGUGUACCGCUCACUGCCCUACGAGGACAAGCUGGUCUACGCCGAGGACUACAUCAUGGAUGAGGAGCAUUCGCGCCUGACAGGGCUGCUGGAGCUCUACCUGGCCAUCCUGCAGCUGGUGCGCCGGUACAAGAAGCUGAAGGUGGAGAAGGAGGAGUUUGUCACACUCAAGGCCCUGGCCCUUGCCAACUCAGAUUCCAUGCACAUAGAGGACAUGGAGGCGGUGCAGAAACUCCAGGACCUUCUCCAUGAAGCCCUGCAGGACUACGAGCUGAGUCAGCGCCACGAGGAGCCGCGGCGGGCGGGCAAGCUGCUGCUGACCUUGCCCCUCCUGCGGCAGACGGCCGCCAAAGCGGUGCAGCACUUCUACAGCAUCAAACUGCAGGGCAAGGUCCCCAUGCACAAACUCUUCCUAGAAAUGCUAGAGGCCAAGGUCUGACGGCACUGGUGCCAGCCCACAGCGGCCGGGGAACAAACUAGAAACAAAGAUGCAGACAGAGCAAUCCAAACAGCAGCAGGGGCUGGCUUUUAUCUCCAAUCAUUUAUUAUGGAAGAAUUAUUUAACGUCCAGCUGUCGGCCUGUCUGCAGACUCAUGUACAGAGGGGGAAACUCUUUUAAUCAGUCACCUGUUUCUCUGUUUUUGUUUUCUCGGUAGGAAGUACCAGAGCGUGCUCACGCUCAUGCACUUGCAGAAGGGGCUGGAGGGAAUGUGGGCCCCAGAGCAGUUACGCUCUCUGCCCUAUCCGGGGAAGCCUGUUCCCCAGCUCCCUCCACCAACUCUGGAGAGGGGAGGGGGGAUUGAAACAGGACAUGAGGAAGCAAGGAGUCAAUAGACUUCAACUACUGGUGUUGUGAGGGGGGAGGCAGAGACGGCACCUCCUGAUGUUUGUCAUCUCGUCCCAGCUCACAGGCCCAUGGGGCAGGUGCUUGUUUAGAGAAGAGCCUCAUGGGACCUCUUCACUCAAAAAUGGUUGCCUCCUGCACUCCUCUAGCUACACAUAACACAUGUACAUAGAGGCCCCACUUCCUAUUGGGAAAGAUGCUCCUGCCUAUGUAAAAUAAUCCAUGAUCUUGUACAGUGUGUCAUUAGGCCUGGCUAUUCUAAUCCUGGGGCAAUCCCACAGGCUAGUCAAGUGGGAGGCUCCCUGUUUCAGAGAAUGCAAGUCCCCACUCGCGAGGGGAUGAGCCUGACAUUUUGCUCCGGUGCUGGAUUCACGAUAGUCUCUGCAUCCUCACACAUGGUGCUAAUUAAAAUCCCCUCAUUUCCACCAUGCAGUGCAUCAAAUCUGCCUCGUCAACUCAGAAAAUCGUCCUUCCCCCACUCACAUGACACAAAUACCUGUCUGCAAUAAUGGGGCCCAAAUGUAAAUACCCCCCUCUCCCACCCAGGGAUUGCCCAUCCAUUUUUGAGAGAAUGGAUGUUUACCUCCAUAGAUGCUUGGACUUUACUCCACUCAUUGGUUGGGAACAAAGGGAAUUGUCCUUUGGAGAAAACUAUGUACCACAGGCCCAGGAAGCUGCUAGUUGAUGCCAACUGAAAACACAUUUAAUCCCUGACUCCCACUUACCAUUGGCCAUGUCCCUUGCCUCCCUUCCACCCCAAAAAUAAUCAACAGCCCAUCUCAGACUGCUCUAUGGCCUCGUGAGGCCUCAUGUGGCUGGCUCCAAAAGAAAAUAUUUAUUUUCAAGAAACAUUCAUGGAGGUUUGUGCUUCUCUCCUAGGGUUGUCCUACUCCCCACCUCUAACCAGGUUUCUAGAGUGGUUUUCUAGAGGGGAAAUACCCCAACUCCAGCAGUCAGAGGGGAACUUGGGUGGCUGAAGAAAUUGGGGAAGGAAUUUUAGUGACUAUCUCUUCUAGGGCACUUGUUCAAAGCCAGCCUGACACAGUGAUGGCCAAAAAUUAUCUUCUGGCACCAGAUUUGGGACAGGGGUAAAGAGUCUUGGUUAAUUUAUGCAUCCUAAAACUACCAGCAGGACUGGCACUCAUUAGCCCUUGCUGGCAAUCUCAGGAGAAAGGCUAUGAACUCCCUAGAAGUAGUACCUCUGAGGCAAGGGUGAGGCACAUUAGCAAACAGUAUAGUGGAGCUUGAUCUCCAUGAGAGAAGCAGGCAUCAUUGUUCAGGGCUGUCAUUCAAACAACUUUUGCUAGUGCUACACUCACUCCCUUUCUGGAUCAACCACAUUAGAGAACAGACAGAACAACCCAAUACAAGGCUUAGAUGGCAGACCCAGCUGUCACUUGGGAGACGUGCAUCCAUUUCCUCAAGGCCGAGAAUGGACAGCAGCCUUGUGCUUCGAAGAGACGCCGGUGCUGCUCACCAGCUGCUCUGGAAACAGAGACUUUGAUUGUAUAAAACAUCCACGUAAUGCUCUGUGACCUGAGAUGGGAAAAACCUGUUGUCGGCGAGUAGCCAGCUCUGAGUACAUGCUGCACCUUGGCAGCUGUUUCUGGCUGUGUAGCAUCAGGUAAUUUUACUCACAAGCUGGGAUGGGCUCUCCCCAGCACUGUGGCCAACACCCUGGAUUCACUGCCUGUCAAUGCCACUUCCACCUGGAGCUCUGCAGGCAGCUGCACUGACCUCUGUUCUGAGCAAGCAUGGCCAUGCCUCUUCUGUGCAAAGCACCCUGAUGCAGACCUGGCUGGGGAAGCCCUCAGAAGCGAUUAACAUCAAUGGCCUCAGCCACAGGUCCCUGCCGGGAGCCUUAUCUCUUUGUUGCAAAAGGGCUUUUCCUACACUGCUCCUGGUGCCAAGUAUCAGAGGGGUAGCCGUGUUAGUCUGAAUCUGUAAAAAGCAACAGAGGG